AGCCGCGUGAGCUCGAAGGUCUACGCGGCUCGAUUGGCAGUGUGGCUCGGCUCUCCCCGCCCAAGUCCUCACGGCGCCUCGCGAUGGCCGACAUCAGUGCGGCGUUUUUGGGAGCGGACACGGCAAGUCUCAAGUGCCGCCCUCGGCCGGCCGGACAGAAGGUCGAUUCCCACAUUUUCUGCAGCGAGACUACGGCGAGCAGCUGCAACGACAAGAGCGUGCCCCUCUCCGACUUCUCCGAGGCCAUGGAAGACUCUGUGGUCAAGGCCCUGUCCUCCAGCGCGCAGGGCCUGGCCGCUCACGAGGCGGCCGUGGACGUGCAUUGGGGCCGCCAGCAGCGCACCGCGCAGAGGCGGGCCUUCGUCAGGGAGAAGCUCCUGAGGGCGUUCGGCCGCGAGGGCGCGUGGUCCGAGCACCUCUGCGGCCUCUGCAGCAGCGACUGCAGGGAGUGUAUGGAGGCACGCGCGCUGGCCGCGGCUCCCGCGGCCGAGGGUGCUUCAGCCGGGACGCCUCCCGCGGCCCAGGAGCGCUCUGGCUCAGGCGGCUCCGCAGCCCGUUGAGUGAUGGCGUCGUCGACCACCCAUUAGGGGUUCCAGUGCCACUGCGCCAGCAGGUGGUAGGCCUGCGGUCGCUUUCCCCGUGCUGUAGUAACUCUCGGCGGUGAUGGGAGAAGAGGGUG